AAGACUCAGGAGCGACAAUUGCUGGUUUGCUCCACAUGUUUUGAUGUUUGACUUCGAUGACUUGGAGAGAGCCCUGGAAGCGAAGGUUCCGGCUGCCGGCUAUGCACAGGAUGAUUGCUCCUCGCGUGGGAAGACAGAAAAGGCACGUGCCAAGCACGUGGACCAUACCAAAGUAGUGGACACCUUAGAUCAAUUCGUUUCAGACUUGGCUCCUGCUUGGGCAGUCCAAGGGCGGUCCGGCGCUGAGGUUCGCAUUUGGGCCAUCUCAGAUCUUCACACGGAUGAUCAUCACAACAAGGAAUGGAUUGAAGAGAUGAACACCGAGAGCACAGCUGAUGAUGUGAUCAUUGUGGCGGGGGACAUCUCUCACAAGUGGGAGAUCAUCACCGAGACUUUGACCUUUUUCAAGGAACGCUAUGCACGGGUGUUUUACUGUCCUGGAAAUCACGAGCUUUGGGGCAACGCACAAGAGGACUCGAUGCAUCGCUUGCAUCAGUUGCUCCAGCUGUGCAACAAGCUGGGGGUGGAGACUGCUCCUACUGAGGUCUCAGUGGGUGACCGGUGUGUCCUCAUCGUACCCAUCCUGUCGUGGCACCACCCACAGUGGGAUGUGGAGCCUGAGAUUUCAGGCUGGCACGGACUGCUUCCGGUGGAUCAGAUGCUCAGUGAUUACCUCCUAACCCACUGGCCUCAAGGGACCAGCAUCAAGGAUGGGUCCGCUGCCUUGGCAGUCGACAAGGUCAACGACCAGCUUGCCGACUGGGACCACUUGCUGACACGCAGACGAGACUUUCGUGAGGUGCUUUCCUUCUCGCACUUCCUGCCGAGAGUGGAGAACAACCCUGAGAAGAGAUAUCUCACACAUCCCAACCUCGCCAAAGGCAUUGGAUCACAAUAUCUCCGAAAACGCGUGGAUGACUUGCGGCCCAAUGUCCAUGUGUUUGGGCACACCCAUUUUGGCUACGACCUUGAGGUUGACGGGGUGCGAUAUGUGCAGGCUCCACUGUCGAUGUCAAGUGAGCGACAUUCCAGGGGAACCACCGUAGCACUGGGUGACUUCCCUGAUGGUUUGCCCUUCUCGCAUCCCUUUAUGGUGUGGCACUCGCGCACAGGCUGGGCCCCAAAGAGUCAGGGUGCUUGGUCUGCAUAUGUUGAGCGUUAUGGCAGACGACCAGAUGUGACGUGGCUCAUUCCAUCUUACGUGGCUGAUGGCCUCGAACCAGCACCUAGCGCAGGGAUCACCCCAAAGGUAGGGUGGCUUCCUGGGAGGAUGCCCGUUUGGCUCUUUGGCCCGAAGUCGCAGAGGAUACAGGAGGCAGCCGCCGAGUCCCGAAAGAUCUCGGAGCGCUUGGCCAAAGAAGCUGCUGGCACAUAUCGAAGGAACAAGAAUCAUGCACCAGGGACGGAGGAGCCCUUGCCAAUUGAGGCAUCCGAGGUGGGCAUUCUGCUUUGCAAGGGCAAUAUAGCUGUGAUCGACGUGCGCGAGGGGGAAUGUUUCAGUAGACCCGCCAACUGCAUAGAGCUGCCUCACCCAUCCAAGACCAAUCACUUCGCAGCCUUGCCGGAUGAUGAGCUGUUGGAUUUGGGGGAGAGGAUCAUGGCUGGAGAAGGGCCUCGGAUCCUGGUGGGUGACCCCGAUGCGCCAGCGAGUUGCCGACAUGCGGCUUUGCUGUUGGCUGCACUGUUGCGGCUGUGGCCAAGGGACGUCCGACCAUUGCGCGGCGGCUUCAAGGCCUGGCAGGCACAAGGCCUGCCGGUCACAAAGGUCGCUCGGGAACCCAUCGAUGUGUGGUGAAA